AUGAAUAGUGGAUCAAAAUGUUAUACUGAUGUUAAUGGACGUGAAGUUCUCGAACGCAUUCUUGACCAUCGACCAACAUGGCCUUACUUAGUUGAUGAACGAAUUAGUGGCAAUUAUUAUCCAAUUAAUAGUCGCAUUUGGAUUCGAGAUCAUGAUCGUCAAUUAACUGUUCUUACUGAUAGAUCAGAUGGUGGUGGAAGUAUGCACGACGGUUCGAUUGAAAUUAUGGUUCAUCGGCGAAUACUGCAUUAUGAUUCAAUGGGUGUUGAUGAAGCUUUAAAUGGGACUGCCUAUGGUAAGGGUCUUGUCGUUUUCGGCAAACAUAUUCUUCUUGUCGAACAACCAGAAGAUAGUGCUCGACUAUAUCGAGUAGGUGCUCAGCAGUUGUUUAUGCACCCUCUAGCUACCUAUUCUCUGCCAAAUACACCACCUUAUGCGAACUAUUCGAAUAUUUAUCGUCAGAGUUGGUUGGCUCUGUCGGAUACGAUACCACUAAACGUACAUCUAUUAACAUUCGAUCAAUUAGCUUCUAAACAAUAUCUAGUGCGUGUUGAACACUAUUUUGAAUUGAACGAAGAUGAUAUGUACUCACAACCGGUAACGAUGGAUCUUCAAGCAUUGUUUACAAGCAUUGGUACCAUUGCUGAUAUGACUGAAUUAGUAUUGAAUGCCAAUUUACCACUAUCUCAGUUACAUCGACUCGAUUGGAUGACGAAAGAUCAAGAAUCAUCACAUGUGAAUAUGUUCCGUAAGUUAAAUUUCAUUGAUAAAUAUCUCGAAUAA